CCUUUGGAAGCGAUGUUGGACUUGAAGGUCAGCUUGUUGAUGCAUGCAUGAGGAAGACGUCGCGCAAAAGGCCCGGCCUGAAGAUGCUUGAUAUUUGACGACGCCACUUUUCCACCCUGCGUUUGCUAGAGCUGAAAGUAGCUCCACCAUUGUCUUUCUCCUUUUCCCUCCGUCAACUCGUAUUUGUCGCCCUAAUGCACGAUGUCCAGGUAAGUUUGGGGGCUAUAUGCGGGCACCAGCGUGAUCAGCCAAUGCGUGCUUUCGGCUUGACAUUGGAUCUAGAGGCCACCAGCAGACCAAUUUCAAUGAGCGUCGCAUGUUUGGAAGAUUUCCUGUUCCUCCCUUCUGUACCUCUUCGCGCGCGUGAUGCAAGAUAAUUGCUGGCAGAGACAGUUGCUUACAGGAAGAUAUCGUGAACACCUUUCAUGCCGCAAUGCUAUCAGUUCGCGACGAGCGUCGGUCGAGAUCGAAAUCUCCUGGCGGUCGAGAUAGGGACCGGUCAAGAUCACACUCACGCGACAACCGUGGCUCAGACGAAAGAAGUGAGUACACCAGGUCAAGCAAAAAGUAUGUAGCCCCGGAGUCAGAAUCGGACGAUGAUCGGCGGUACAAAGAGAAGAAGUCCAGCAAGAAAUACUACGAACCUGAAGAGGAGGACGACCGGCGCAGGCGCACAACAAGUUCUAAGAAAUACGUAGAAGAAAGCGAAGAAGAGCAAAGGUACCGGUCGGGUCGGACCGAGAAAGAGUACAGGAGGCGGGAUGUCUCCGUUUCAGACGAUGACCGAAGAUAUGAACGAUCCAAGAAGAAAUCGGAUAGCGACUCAGACAGGCGCAGAGAGCGAGACAGGCCUAGCAGGAAGACAUAUGAUCGUUCAGACGACAGUGAUGCUAGUGACCAUCGCCGGCCCUCAAGCAGCCGAGAUUUGAAGAGCCAGAAUGGCCGUGACUCUCGCCCCGACUAUACCGAAGUUCGACCUCGUGAAGUCCGCCAAUCCAGUUACACUGGCAGAGAUUCUCAAUAUACAGCUCCUGAUCGAGCCCCGUCUCCUCCUCCGACGCAGCGAACGAACUCAUACACUAGCUCUAGAGGACAAAAAUAUGCGGAAGUUGGACAAUACAAAUAUGCAAAACCAAGUGAGUUUGCAGAGAAGAGGCCUGAAUAUCAACGGUCUCGUCCCUCCGACAGCAGUCAAAGAGAUGAUCAUAGAAGCGGCAAGCACGGUUCGAGGGAAAAAGACUACCAUGAGGAUAGGUACGAGACUCGUGAGCCGAGAGACAAGAAACACCAUGACGACAGAUACGGCCCUUCUCCAGAAACCGUCACGAAACGAAUGUCCGCUCUUGCCGUUGGUGGUGGACUGGGGGCUACACUGGGAGUUGCAGGACAUGCGGCGCAGACCGCAGGCGGCAAACCACCGGCUUCGCCCUUGCUAGAAGCAUACAAGGGCACAUAUCAGUCCAUUUCUCCUAUGCCUUCAGCAUUGGUGCUAGCAGACCACAAAGACGACUCAGACUUGUCUGACCUCGAACUCGACUUGGAUGAUGAUCCAAAUGCAGACCUUAGGAGGAAGAUUCGAAAACUUGAGAUGGAAAAGGAGAAGUACGCCAAAGAUCAAAGAAGGAGUGUCAACCUCACGCCAAUUGAAACUCGUCCUCGACGUACGCCCCAAUUAGAGUCUGUCACCGAGACGACCAUGAUCGAGAUCCAACCUGGCAUGAGACGUGAACGUUCCAGCAGCAAUGUCAGCAUCCUGUCGCCGGGAGGCUCUGGAAAGAAGAAGAGUGUGACCUUUUACGACCCGACCGACGAUGCGAAGCGUAUCGCCGCAGCCCUGUCGGGUACACGUAACGCCCCUGACCCACGUCCCCUGAUACAGAUUCUACCCUUCUUGUCGACCGACGACCUUUUCAACCUUCGUGCCGAGUACAAGAAGCACGCCAAAGUCAAUGGGCAAGGCAUCAACAUCGCCAAGCAUAUAAAGAUGCGAGUUCCGGGUAACCUGGGUAAAGCAGCCUACACAACGGCGUUAGGUCGCUGGGAGAGCGAAGCAUACUGGGCCAACUCCUGGUACCAAGGCGGGGCGUCAAGGCGAGAACUUCUGAUUGAGAGUCUUAUGGGGCGCUCGAACAGUGACAUCCGCGAGGUCAAAAACUGCUUCAAAGACAAGAAAUAUAAUGACGACUUGGAAAAAUGUAUUCGCACGGAAUUGAAGGCAGACAAGUUCCGCAUGGCGAUUCUGCUCGCGCUUGAGGAGCGGAGAAUGCCCGAGUCCUCACCCAUCGACAUCAAGCUCGUCAGGUCGGAUGUUGACAGUCUGGCCAUGGCGCUCGAGUCAUCUGGCGGUGAGUCUGACAUGAUCAAGAUCAUCGUGUUGCGAAGCGAUGCACACUUGCGCGAAGUACUGAGGCUGUUCGAGCGCACGUACGGUGUCAGCUUCCCCAGACAGAUGAUCCUCAAAUCGCGAAAUCUUGUCGGUGAGACACUGGCGCAUGUACUGAAUGGUGCGCUGAACAGGCCGAUGCGUGAUGCAUUGCUUUUGCAUCAGGCGAUCAGUGAGACGGCGCCAGGCAAAGAGCGGACGGAGUUGCUCAUUUCACGGCUUGUUCGCUUGCACUGGGAGCCUAAGCAUUUGCAGAGAGUAAAGUCUGUGUACAAAGAACGGUACAGGCAUACAGUGGAAGAGGCCAUCAAGCGCGAAGUGUGGGCUCUGAUGAAGACGACGGAAGGAAGAUUCUGCGCCGAGUUUUGUGCUGCGUUGGCAGAAAGCAGUUCGUUUGAACGAAGAGGCGUGGCUAUGGAUAUGCCGCCGGACUUGAGAUAGUCGGCUUUAAAUGUGCAGCAUGUACUAGUAGAUGGUGUCCGACCAAAAUCUCGGAAAUAGUGGAGGAUCCCUUACCUGGUAGAUUUGACGACAAGGCUGAAUACUCCUUAUGCGUCUGCGUCUGCUGCCACUCGGACAAACUGAAGUCUGAGAUUGUCGGGCCGAUAUCUCCGUGAAAUAAUGACGCCCAUGCAACGCCCCAGAUCUUGAC